AUGAAUAUUCCAGCUCCAUUUCGGAUGGCUCUGCCGACUCCUCCUCUACCAACUUCCCUAUCUGUUCCACCUCCACCCCCUCCUCCACCUCCUCCAACAGUUUCUAUGGAAAAUUUAUCAAGUAGUGAAUCAGAAAUGGAGUCUUCAGAUGAGAGUAAUGUUGGCGGGCCUAAACAAAAGCGUACCAGACGUGAAGCUAUCUUAGGCCCUGCAGUUGACAAGGAUGUUGUUCAUGAAGCUGUUGGAUUGAGAGCUGCUGCCUUGGUUCCUAAAGAGAUGCCAGUAGUUAAGAAAAAGAACCCAAUAAUUCAGAUUAAAGUAGCACCUAAGCAGGUACAGAAUGAAGAGAAGGGUGACAUGAGGGAAAUAUCAUUGCCAGUGGAAGAUAAAGAGAAUGAUAAUAAACCUUUUGCGACCCUUGAAGAAUUAAAAAGUGGAAGAUUGCCCCCAGAAGAGAUUCUGUCGCUUCNGUUUACUCUUGAAUUGAAUUUGAUAAAUGCAGUUAACUGGGACUUUAAAUAUAAUAGUAAUGUUGGCGGGCCUAAACAAAAGCGUACCAGACGUGAAGCUAUCUUAGGCCCUGCAGUUGACAAGGAUGUUGCUCAUGAAGCUGUUGGAUUGAGAGCUGCUGCCUUGGUUCCUAAAGAGAUGCCAGUAGUUAGAAAAAGAACCCAGUGCUUGCAGAUUAAAGUAGCACCUAAGCAGGUACAGAAUGAAGAGAAGGGUGACAUGAGGGAAAUAUCAUUGCCAGUGGAAGAUAAAGAGAAUGAUAAUAAACCUUUUGCGACCCUUGAAGAAUUAAAAAGUGGAAGAUUGCCCCCAGAAGAGAUUCUGUCGCUUCCUAUGUUUAAGAAUUAUUGUGCUGGUAAUCCUUCUCCUAUCUUGUACUUGAAGAACUUAGCAAAAGAAGUGGUUGUUGAUGAUUUUUACUUCAUAUUUGGAUCUUUAUUUGGAAACAUCGAUGAAGCUAAAUCCAGACUGGCAGUGAAGUUAAUGCAGGAAGGGAGAAUGCGUGGACAAGCUUUUGUUACAUUUCCCUCGGUUGAACUUGCUCAAGAUGCUUUAAAUCUGGUGAAUGGGUAUGUCUUUAAAGGCAAACCUAUCGUCAUUCAGUUCGGUCGUGAUCCUGCUAAAGCAAAAACAAGCUAGAGAGAAUAGUUGCAACUAGGGUAAUUUAAGCCCUCAGCUCAACAUUCUAAGUCAGUACGAUGAGACUAUAUUUUGGACAGCGACUUCGGCAAAGCUGUGCUGAUAGAGUUUAUCGCAUCUUUUGCUUUUGGCUGUAAUUGCUGCAAACAUCAUUUUGGUUACUAGAUAGCUUGUGCCCUGGUAACAUUAAAGGAGUCAGUCAAGCUAAUGAAGAUGCUGCUGAGGGAAGCAAGGAAAGUAGGGAGUCCUUACAGGACUGGAGAAGGUCAAAAUAUGGGUAAGCUGUCAGGUUAUACCUACACAACGGUUUCACAAGAUUUGUAUCUGGAGCCAAAAAUACACAGAAGUUACUGCUGAGGGAAGCAAGGAAAGUAGGGAGUCCUUACAGGAUUGGAGAAGGUCAAAAUAUGGGCAGGCUGUCAGGUUUUACCUACACAGCAGUUUCACAAGAUUUGUGUCUGAAGCCAAAAACACACAGAAGUUAUUGUGAUCACUACAUUGAAGCACAAUUGAUAUGCUGGAGCACAAUGUUUAGUUGUUAAUUCUUUGUUGUUUAUAGUUUAUGAGAACAAUGUUGUUUCAGUGGUGAGUCGAUGAAAUAGGUGCGAGUUCUCUCUACUUAUUUCAUUAGUGGCGGCUUUGGAGAGAAUUCUUGUAUUGAUAACAGUAGGUAUUUGAUGCAAAUGAUAUUGAUUGCAAAUUUCGACUAUCAGAA